AUGCCAUCCUACACCGUACCACCACACAAACGACAACGUCGAACCGCUACUUCUGUCUUUGCUGGCAAAUUCGAUUUACGGUUUCACCGCGUCUCAAUUGAUCGCGCAGUCGAGAAGGCAGAGGGAAGGAAGGUGGAGAGGUGGAGAGAGAAGGAAAGUGAAUGCGAGAGGGAAAGGGAGAGGAACCAUGAGAGGAAGCAAGCGCAGGCCGUCCCGCAGUCGGAGUUGAAGCCCACAUCUCUCGCAGCUAAACCCUCCCUCUUUUGGAGUGCACGCCCUGCCAUCCGGAUGUACACCCCCCAACGCUCUGUCUCUAUUUCUUCUCAACCGAUGCAACUGUCCUCCCCACAUACCUCCCCUGGUCCGUCUAUCUCUUCUCACACUUAUCACGAACGGGAGGACGACCGGCUGUCUUGUAGAACUCAAAAAUCUACUGCACCACCUCCUUCUAAGCGAGCGAAGAGCCGCAUCGCUGCCAAGAGGGGCUGGAAGGGAUAUGCUGAAGGCUUUCUUUCACCUUCGGAAAAGAAUAUUGAUGCUGUUUAUGUCCUGCCAGAGCGGAGGACGAGAAGUGGAAAGAGCUUCAGUGCAGCUACUGGACGUCCGGCUGUAUUGAACAGUACAGCAGCUCGUCAGGAUCGCUCUUGA